CAGAAUUGUCAAUCCGUAGUCACAAAAGUCAUGCGAAGGCUGGAGGAUGAAGGAUGAAAGAUUAGAAAGUGCGAUCCUGCAUCCUCGGCCACCUGUGAAACUGUCGAGCCCCUUCUGCGAGAUCUUUUGGUCAAAAAUCAUAUGCUUUCGAUUCCUACACCAUGUCAAACUCAACAAACAUAACCAAAAAUCCCGCCGAUGUAUGCCCAAGGGUCCUUGGAUGGCGAGUUCCAGAUACAUGGAGUGACAGGCAGUCACCAAACUUCACCCAGGCUGCGUGCUCUGUUCCAGCCUGCAACGAUUUUCCCUCCACCCUUGCCAAUUGCUGUGGACGUGAGAACAGCGAGCUCCAAUACUUCAACACCACCAUCGGCCCAUACGCCUCUUGCGCACUGGUCGACAGCAACGAUACUGAAGCCUACGAUUCAUAUCAGAGCUGCCUAGCAAAGGAAGAGAUCCCCUACUUCAAGUGCAACAGUCAACAGAAUUAUGGCGGCAUCUCUGAUGGAUGUGGAUUAGGCAUUGGGGCAGCACCCAUCAACAACACAGACUGGCCAAAUCAACAGACCUGCAGUCUACCUUACUCGGUCAACGCUACCAGAGCUUUCAAGCAAUGCUGCUCCAACUACAACGAUGGCGACGGCAUUGUCGUUUACAAUGGUGGAUGCAAUGUAGGAUGCAUGUCGAAUUCGACCAAUGGCACCUUCAGUGAUUGUAUAAGAGACGACUUUCGCAACCAUCCGUCUUACAUAUGCACUGCAAAUGAUGGUAGAGAAAACACAAAUACGAGCGCGGGUACUCAGAUGUCGCCAUCUGUUGCUGGGAUCUUCACGGCAUUCUUACUGGGCGCUUCGAUGUUGACGCUCUAGAGGAGCCGGCCUUGUUCCAGGAGAAGCUGCGUGUGGCGCAUUCACAUGCCCUACACAUUGGAUGUCGUAGAAUAUAGCCGACGUCAGAGAAUAGAACCGCAAUAUUCUUGGUGAUGAAUCGACAAUGCGAAACAACAACUCCAUUUUC